AUGAAUACAAACGGAGAGGAAGAGAAAAAAAAUGCAGAGUUAGAAAAUUUCUUAAAUAUAUUAGAAACCGAAUUUAACAUAAAUGAAAAAAAAGAAGAUGCCGAUUAUUAUGAUGGUUUGAAAAAAGAUGCCGAUUAUUAUGAUGGUUUGAAAAAGGAUGGUGAUUAUUAUGAUGGUUUAAAAAAGGAUAAAGGAAUAGAAGUGUUCAUAAAUAAAUAUACAGAUUCAAUAAAUAUAAGCAAUAAGUAUGGAAUAGAUCAUAAUAAGGUUAUGGGAAUGAUAAAAAAAUUAGAAACAUUAUAUUAUAUUAUUAAUAUUGUCAAAAAUUUUAACAUAUAUGAAUUAACAGAUGAAGGAAAUGAUUAUUUAAAGAAUGGGUCUCCUGAACAUAUUGUCUUAAAAUAUAUUUUUGAUAAAAAAAAAUGUACUAUGGAUGAAUUAAAAAAUGUUUAUGGUAAAAAAGGAGAAAUUGGGUUAAAUAUAAAUUUAAGAGAAAAAACAAUUCAAUUAAAUAAAGUUGAAAAAUAUUUAAUUUGUAAUUUAGAUAAUACAAAUAAUAAGUUUGAUGAUAUAACACAAAAAUGUCUAUACUUGAUAAAUAAAUUAGGAAAUGAUGAAAAAACUCUUUUUAAAGAGAUUAAUAAUUUAUAUUCCAUAAAAAAUAAAUCCUCAAAUUGUAGUAACAUAGAUUAUGGAACUAAAAUAAUUAAUGAACUUAAAAAACGUAAACUAAUUGAAAUAAAAAAAAAAACAUAUAGCCAAAUAAUUAAAACAAGCAAUUUUAAAAAAGAGAUAAAAAAACAAAUUACUGAUUUAAAUUAUUUAUUAAUAAAAAAUAAUGAAUAUAAAAAAUAUGAUAUAAAAAAAUAUAAUUUUUUUGCAAGUGGUAAAAAAAUUAAUAAAGGUAAUAUACAUCUUUUAACAAAACAGAUGAAAUUUUUUAAAGAUAUAUUUAUUUCUCUUGGAUUUGAAGAAAUGGAUACUCAAAAUUAUAUAGAAUCAUCUUUUUGGUGUUUUGAUGCAUUAUACAUACCACAACAACAUCCAAGUAGAGAUUUACAAGAUACUUUUUUUAUAAAACAUCCAAAAUAUUCUCAAGAAAAUUUUAUUAAUAAAGAAUAUAUUGAAAAUAUUAAAAGAGUGCACACAUAUGGUGAUUAUGGAAGUUUUGGAUGGAAUUAUAAAUGGAAAUUAGAAGAAAGCCAAAAAAAUGUUUUAAGAACACAUACUACUGCAAAUUCUUGUCGAGCUUUAUUUAAAUUAGCUAAAAUGUAUAAAGAAACAGGAAAUAUUAUAUCUAAAAAAUAUUUUAGUAUAGAUCGUGUGUUUAGAAAUGAAAAUUUAGAUAGUACACAUUUAGCAGAAUUUCAUCAAAUUGAAGGAUUAGUAAUUGGUAAAAAUAUUGGGUUAUCACAAUUAAUAGCAAUGUUAUCUGCUUUUUAUAAAUAUAUAGGAAUACAUAAAUUAAAAUUUAAACCAACUUUCAAUCCAUAUACAGAACCAUCUAUGGAAGUUUAUGGAUAUCAUGAAGAACAUAAAAAAUGGCUAGAAGUUGGAAAUAGUGGAAUAUUUCGACCUGAAAUGUUAAUGCCGAUGGGAUUUCCAAAAGAUGUUUCUGUGAUGGCAUGGGGACUAAGUUUGGAAAGGCCCACCAUGAUAAAAUAUGGUAUCAAUAAUAUUAGGGACCUUUUCGGUUUUAAGAGCGUAGUGUAG